AUGGCCUUGAGCUGCUGGACGAUCCAGGGCUCUCUAAAAGAUACGAGGAAACCAAGACAGUAUGAGCAGUAUGUACCAGCCCCUGGACCCCACGGUUCUGUGGCCCCUUCUCUCAUAGUCCCUGAAGUUCAGCUGGUCUCCGGGGUCUCAGAAUCAGCCUGCUCUGUAGAACAGUGGGGCCUCAGCGCACAGAGGCAGCGCUUCGGGCAGCCUUGGGUCUGCACACGCCCUUUCGGACGGAGCGAAUUCAGCGGACAGCCCGGGUCACCCACUGCGGGCCGGGGGCGGGGGCGGGGGCGGGGGCGGGGCCGGCCCCACCCGGGAGAGGCCAGGGGGCCGCGAGGCCGCGGGUUAGGAAAUGUGACCCUGGCGACCCCAAACGCCCCCGCCCCUCUCGCUCACUGCUGCACCUGCCCGCGGAGCGCGCCGAGCCGCCGACAGGGAAGCCGGCUUAGCCCCGCGCCCUUAGUGGCCUCCAUCAGCCACCAAAUGGUGGCUCUGCAGAUUCUGCAGCUGCUGCAGCAGGAGUGGGGCUGAGGGGACGGUCCGAGCGACCCCGGGAGCCCGCGCGAUCCAGACCACGUGUCCGCCGCCCCAGCGCGUCGCAUAGGCAGGCCCUCGGCCGGCCGGGCCUGUCCUGGGGCGCCAGGAUGGGGGGGGGGCAGGAAUGGGGGGUCUGGGGCGCGGGUCAGCUCCCCAGAAGCGGAAGCGGUGCGAGGCGCCGAGGGGGGCGCGGCCUGCACCCUGGCCCAGAUGGGCAUGCGCAGCGCGCUGGCGCGCGUGGUGGCCUCGACCUCGGAGCUGGUCAGCGUGGAGCAGACGCUGCUGGGCCCCCUCCUGCAGGAGAGGUCCUUCCCCAACCAUCUGAAGGAUCAUGUUGAGUUUAGACACAUCUGCAGUCAUUUGGCUCUACAAAUUCAAGGACAACAGUUUGACAGAGAUCUGGAUACUGCCCACCGGUGUUUGAAGACAAUAGUCAUGAAGCUGAUUCAGUCACUUGCUAAUCUUCCUUCAGAUGCCCACGUGGUAGCCUGUGCUUCUUUGAGACAGAUCUUACAGAAUCUCCCAGACAUAUGGAUGCUCAAGACACCAGAAUUAGAACCACAGCCAGUACUGCUAAGAGGACUGGGUACCUGA